UUGUGAGUUCCCAGUUGAACUCUUACUAUUAAUUUAGUUACUGUUGUUCAAAUCACGUACAUCUGGGUGUCGAUGUGAUCAUUUAUUUCGGUUUAUUAAGAAAAACACACCGUUUGCUUGCGGGAGGAUUUAGGUGUGUAAUUUUAAAGUGUGCCGUAAGAUAAGCAGCGCGACGCACCAUAUUUACCAUGGACUGGCUGGGGUUCGGCUAUGCUGCAGCUCUUGCUUUUGGAGGCUUCAUGGGCUACAGGAGAAAAGGAAGUGUGAUGUCACUGGUUGCUGGACUUUUCUUCGGUAGCAUAUCUGCAUAUGGGGCCUACAGGGUAACAAACGACCCACGUGAUAUUUGGACGUCGUUAAUUUCUUCAGGAGCACUGACAGUUGUGAUGGGAAUAAGAUUCAAGAAAUCUGGGAAAUUAAUGCCUGCAGGGAUUAUGGCAGGAUUAAGUCUCUUGAUGGUUCUGCGGCUUCUUAUCCUGGUUGCUGCGUGAACCCAGCAUUUGGUGCUGUGGACAGAGGCAUCCUGAUCUUCAUUGACUACAGGAUCUUUCUGACUGUAGUGUGGUCAGAGACCACAAGGAGAGCUGAUCUAACAUUGCCUUUGACUUUUUUUUAUACAUUCAGUUGUUGACAUUUAGCAGCUUUAGGCUGAUUCAGUGAAAUAUUAACACUAUUUCAACACCAUGUUAGAGAGCUUUGUGCAGUAUGACAGGUUUUCUGUGGAGUGAUGGGUGUUUCCAUCAUCAAAGUGUUCUGUAUUUGAAUAUCUUUUAACAUCCCAAAUAAAAGUGAGAUCACUUUCA